UGAAGAAUAUUUAAUGAUGGAUUUUUCUGAUGACCAAAAUUGCAUUAAAAUGUCAUCAAAGCAGCCGCUUGCAUUCUCCAUAGACAAGAUAAUGGGAACAACAACGGAUUCAUUAGAACCUAAAGUUGUUGCGAAUUGUGAUCGCGAAUCUGAUAGACCUUAUAAACGGAAAGGACAAAGUGAUGACAAUUAUUCUGAUAAUGCAAACAUAGAUGAUUUUGAAAGAAGCAGUUUUAAGCCAGUGAAAAGAGCGAAGAUGGCGAUAAAUGAUGAAUUCAGAAAACAGCAAGAAUAUUUAGCCACGCAUUACCAGCAUGCGGCCGCUGUUAUUAAAAGUGAGAUUCAAAAACGUCAGAUUAUGCCUUACAUGGGAAGAGAACUAUUUGAUGUCAAUAUGAACAAUGUAGCAUGUCUUCAUCCGGCAUUUAUGUUUGGACGGCUAACUUCCGACGAUUAUAGAGCCCAAAUAUUGCAAAAUCUUUCAGGCAUACAACAUCAGUGGCAAUCAACAAAUAAAAACAAUAGUCAUAUACUAGAAUCAUUAAGCUGGUCAAAUAUGAAAUAUUUCUCACCAGAAAAUAAGCAUAUGUCUCCACAAGAAAAAUCACAAGAAAAAGAGAAAGAUCAGCACUACAGUCAACAUAUAAAAAAUCCUGACUGUUCACCAAGAGACCGUCAACAAGAAAACUUGCAUGGCAAUAUUACUGGACCGUCAACUGAGGAAGAUGUCGUAAAGACAAACGAUUUGGAUAUCUCAAAGGAAAACGGUUCUUCACCAUCGCCAAGCACGGCUAAAAGAAUGAUCUCAAAGUCACAGAAGUCUUUUUCUUGUCCGGAAUGUGGGAAAUUAUUUAAUGCACAUUAUAACUUGACGAGACACAUGCCAGUGCACACAGGUGCCAGACCAUUUAUAUGUAAAGUUUGUGGGAAGGGAUUCCGUCAAGCGAGCACCUUAUGUCGUCAUAAGAUAAUACAUACGUCAGAGAAACCGCAUAAGUGUGCCACGUGCGGUAAGGCGUUCAAUCGUAGCUCCACCCUAAACACGCACAUGCGCAUACAUCUCAACUACAAACCCUUCACGUGCGAAUUUUGUGGAAAGGGUUUCCACCAGAAGGGCAAUUACAAAAACCAUAAACUCACCCACAGCACCGAGAAACAGUACAAGUGUACCAUUUGUAACAAAGCUUUCCAUCAGGUUUACAAUCUAACGUUCCAUAUGCACACGCAUAAUGAUAAGAAACCGUAUACGUGCACGAUAUGCUCCAAAGGGUUCUGUAGAAACUUUGACCUCAAAAAACAUAUCCGCAAACUUCACGACGGGUCAAAUGCAAGUGCUAGUAUGAAAUCAAACAGUGGUCCAAGCUCACCAAAUGCACCUAUGAACAAUAUUGGAAACGGCGGCCUGUUUCAACCUAGCAUUGGAACACCUCACCAACAUCAGGGCUAUUUCCCCGGAUUUUCUAGGCAAGGUCUUUUCUCUCAGCCAUCUGCUUACGGGUGUCAAAGGGGAAUGGUACCUCCAUAUUUGUUGAAUCAUGGUGCAACUUCUUUGUUGCAAAAACUAUCGUUCUUAUAGAUCAAAUGAAAACAAGCAAUUAAAUUUUCUAAUUAAAUUAAAUAUAUAUUUAUUGAUAAAACUACUUUGUGAUAUUUAAAAGCAAUGUUUGUAAUGUGUAGUCUGUGAGGAUAGUAGAAUAAUUCGUGUUGAAAUUGAAGCUUUGAUAAAUGAUACAAUCUGUUUCUUAAA